UGACGUGUUUCCACAUAUCUGAUGUCUUCAUAUGCGGCGUGGAUGGAAAUCAUUUUUUUCUGUGAGGAGGAAAGCAUGCCCCUCAAUCCCAAUUUUAACUAGAGGGACCUGCGCUUAGCUAUCGAGGGACCUCGAGAGAUCGAGGGAUAUAUGCAUGUGUGUAGGAGGAGAGAGCUAGGUUUGCAUAGCCCAAAGGCUUGGAAUCCUCUCCGAAAAAUGCGUGGCCCAGUGGAAAUACGCUAUUUCUCCUACCGCGUCCCCUCGAAAUGGCUCCGCGAGAAGGAAAGGAUUUCGUUUUGCUCGCCGCUCUCCCCUGAAGCGCAUGUCUCCGGGAAGAGGCGGCGGUCUCGGCGGCGAGGAAGCGGAGGACGAAGGCGACGGGGAGAGGUCGGAAAGGAGCCGGUGCCUUCAGCGGGAGGCGCCGGGCUGGCCCAGCCGGGACCGGCGCGGGGUCAUGGCCAGGCAGCCCCCCUAGCGGCGGCGGCGGACGAGUCCCCCGGGAGGGGCCUGGCUUCUCGCAGCUCUCGCUGCCGGAGAGCCGCCGAGGGCGACGGCGGGGGUCCCCGACCUGAUUUGCUUCUUCCAGAGAUGCUGCCGCCCGGAGCGCUCCCACGUGCGGGUGCAGACUGCAGCGCUGCCCUCCGCCCUUCCAGCGGUGGACAGGUGAAAGGAGAGAGCUCAGCCCUGUGGAGGAUCGCCUCUGGCCUUUCCCAUGCCUCCCUGCCGGCAUGGUUGUAAAGAAGGAUCUCCAGGGGCAGGUGCUACGUCUGCCCCCGUCGCGGCUCAAAUUUGUCCUCGCCUGAUGGCAACAGGCAAAGUCGUCCUUGUCCACUUCCCCGGCACCACCGGCUGUCCUCAGUUUUCACCUUCCCACCCUCGUGCUGGGAUGUGCUCGUGGUUUCUCCCUGUUGCUUUGUGCUUCCUUCAUCUACAAAUCCUAUCCGAUCUCACCAGCUUCCUUCCACCAGCCUAGCAAAUUAAAUUCUGUUGAUCCCAUAUGAGUUAUUUUGUUCUCAGCCUUGGGCCUCAUUCAUUUUCGUUUAUGCUCAAGGCAGCUGAGCAGUCUUACUAACAGCAGAAAUGGGGAAUAGGUAAGUUCAUUCUCCCAUAUAUGGCUUACGGUGAGCCUAAGGAAAGAUAUAAAAAAGAAAGAAAGAGAAAGAAAAGAAGAAAGAAAGGAAGAAAAACAGAAAGAAACAGAAAAAGGCUUUACAUAAAGAAUACAUGUUUUGCCUCAGACUCUGUAGGUAGAGAGGGACUCUGCCUAUAUAGGCUGCUUCCAAAGUAAAAGUUACAUAGGAAAGACACGCAGAAAAGAAAAAAUGGCAAUGUCUGAAUACUAGCAGCUGUUACAUAUUUUCUCCUUCUCCAGGGCACUGAAGAUCUAGUAAGCAUGGUGAACAUAACACUCCUUACGUAUAAGAGAUCCCAGUCUCCUGUCCAGGUUCCCGAGGCCACCAUGAGUGCUAUAAUGUUCUUCACAGCACAUUCUUGUUUUCAGAGAGGAUGAAAUUUCUCCACAGUUGUUUUUUUCUUCCUCCUCCUCCAUGCAUUUCCAAAUCUGUCAGGUUUCAUGCUGUUUUUUUUUUUGUUGGUUGUUUUUUUUUUUUUUUUUAAUGACUCAAUAUUUUCCUGAUGUGUCUGAACUCCUGAAACCUAAGUUUUAAAAAUGCUGGGAAACUGUAGAUCUUGUGGAAGUUUGUUACCUAGAGGUGUUUUAGCCUCUCUGAAGAGCACAUCCACAUUGACUUCCAGGUCUAAAUGCAAGGACAGGGGAAACAAAAGCAAAUUGAAAUAGGAAGAAUGGUAUUUUAAGACACAAGGCCUGUCUUAGAUAAAUGUUUUGUAAGCUAGUGACUGCCCAGACAGCUGUUGUACGGGGAUUGAUCAGGACAGCUGUCCUGAGGAGGCUUACCAAAAACCCCACCAAACAGCUUUUGCAUCUUAUCCUUGCAUAGAGAAGAUGUAUUACUAAUACAGCUGUGGGCGAUUUCUUAAGUCUUUCUCCUGUUUCAUGUUUCAAUUUUAAUCCCCUUCUCUCCACCCACAGUCUAAAAUUGUUAUUCUGUAAACCUUCUUUCUGAUCUCAGGCAUAUCUUUCAGUGGUGGUUUCAGGUAAGUCACACUGACUCCUCAUUUUCUUUCCUGGGCUUGACACUUUACCUUGUCAAUCACUUUGUCUCAAGCUCAUCAUCAUACCUGGGCCCUUUCAACUCUGGAUUUGGCUUUCCUUUCAUUGAACUACAAUAAAAUCUGCAUCAGUCUGUUCUGACUUUGGCCUCAGGGUAUGAUUCCAUAAGUAGCUGAGCAACUCCUAGCACUUACUGUGCCUGAAAAUCAGCUUUCCAGUUCUUGAUGGAUUGGCUUUCUGCUGCUUUAGUGACAUGGUAGUUUACACAAGGAUCUGGCAAGUGAUAAUGAUGCUGUAAGGUACGGAAAAGUAUGGAUCAGGCAAGCAGAGCAGAAAAAGAACUGGCAAAGAGGAGGACUUCUCACUUCCAGGGAUGACGAAUAUCCAGUGUUCCCACUAGAUUAUACCAAAGUGUCUGUUCAUUCACUGCACAGAACUACUGACCUGCCCUCAUGGCUGGUGCCACGGACUCCUUUAUUUUUGUUUUGAAUCAAUACCACCUAGCUGUGGAAGUACUUCUACCUGUUAGCACCCAAGCACCCACAGCCAUGCUUUAUCUGCCAUUUCUUAUGUAGUCAGUUUAAGCAAAAGAUAGUGUCUUUAUUGGUUCUUACUCUUACAUUUAUUCAUUACAGACCUUAUGUAUAUAAAUCUACUUUAAAUAGUAAAAUUCAUUCUCAUGUGAAGCUGGGAAAACUUUCUAGGCUACCAGUAGUUCUUACAACUGCUUGACUCUUCCAUACAGGAGGUUCCAUGCGAGCUUAUCAUCAGAGAACAAUUUCUUGUUUUUAAUAAGCCAACACCUAACUUUUCUUCCUAAAUUCACUUGAAGAGCAAUUUUUAUCAUACAUUAGCAUAAGAAAAGAGCAGCUAUUUUACAUUCUGAAAAAAUACUGCAGCAUCUCAGUUAUUAGAUAUAGCUUAGUUUGUUACUGACUUCUAACGUGCCCAUAUAGUGUGUGUAGGAGACAUUCCCACUUCUGACUUUUGAUUCAAACAAAGAUUGUGUCAAAAUGGCCACCAGGAGGAUUCUUUUUUUUUUCUAUUGAAGGAAGAUGAAAUUCUAAACUCAAGCCAUAUCUGUUAAUGUCCUGUGAUGUCUUUUCCGCACAAGGCAUAUUUUAUGAAUAUUCUCAUGUAUGAGAUAAGCAAAAGGACUGAAUCUCUGCACUAAAACAGAGCAUAAGCAGAGUAAAGCUGAACUUUCCCCCUACAGUUUCUGUCUUUGCUUUUCCUGAGGUGCUGCUGCAAGGGUCAAGAAGUAAAUGAACAAAACAAAACAAAACAAAAAAGUGCUUUUUUUCCUUUGAAAUGCACUUUCUGACAGGUUCUGAAGAUCUUUUUGAGUAUUGCAGGUACUUUCUUAGAUAAUUAGGCUACAGUUUCAUGUGGAAAGUGUGUACAAAAUAUGUUUUGUGUAGUGGUGAUUUAAAUGCUGAUCUGAAAGAUCUUGGUAAAUAUAAGUGUUCACAUAGGUGCAAUGAUCAGUGGUGUAAAUUCUAGCUGGAGGCCAGUAAUGAGCAGAGUACUUCAGGGUUCAAUACAGGAUCCAGUCCUGUUGAACAUUUUCAUUAACGACCUGGAUUAUGGAGCAGAGUAUGCUCUCAGCAAGUUUGCAGAUGCCACAAAACUAGGAGAAGUGGCUGAUACAGCAGAUGGUCGUGCUGCCAUCCAGAGGGACUUCAAGAGGCCAGAGGAAUGGGCUGAGAGGAACCUCAUGAAAUUCAGUAAGAAACGUACAGUCCUGCACCUGGGAAGAAACAGCCUCGAGCUCCAGGACAUGCCACCUAACUGGAAAGCAGCUCUGCAGAAGACCACUAGGGGAGUCCUGGUGGUGAGCAAUUGAGAUUGACAGACCUGUAGUAAAAGAAAAAAAAAAAGUGUGUGCUCCAAGUGAGCACUUGUUUCAGGGUUGAAUGCCAGGUUGACCUGUACAGUUGGGAAGCGACAGGAGCCAUCCAUCAGCUUCUUCCCCCCAUCCCUGCACUCAGGGAGAGGUCUGAGCAGGAGAGGGUGGGCAGAAAGAUGUGCUUGAGCAAAGCUCUGCCUAGCAGAGACAUAUAUAUAAUAGCACAGAGCAAAGCAGUUUCAGAAAAAGAUCUGAUUUUUAACAGCUUCUUCUAAAUCCAUACUGUAGCACUUCCAUCAUAACCCCGAAGACAAACUUAUGCUGUAAAGUGUUAAUUAAUUUUUAUUUGCUUUUUAAGACAUGCUGUUAAGCAUUGAUUACCUUUUCUUUAAGCUAGUGAUUAAUUGUACUAUUAAACCUAAUUUUCCCUAUGUU